CAACCCACGAAUUAUCUUGUGACUACUCCGCUCCAAGACAACGAACCAAGCAGCGGGUUCGGACACUGUGCCAACGGUGCCAACGUUUUAAGCGAUGCCGGACUCCAGCAAAGUCGUCUCGAAGUUCGAGGGUGGAGGAGACGGCGAAAAGGCAAGAGACUGGACGGGCAACCUGAAGUUGGGUCGACCUACCGCGAACGAACCUUUGAGGGACCCUUCAGACGGACGGUCGAGCAGGAAAGGCUCGGCUCUUACGAAACGACGACGAACGGUGCAUCGACGACCCGAAGGAAGCACUUGCACGAGAAUUCCUGCAACCCACAGAAACGGAGAGAGACGCCAUGUGCCAAGGCAGCGGGGGCCUUCGCGUGCAGUGAGUGCGACAGCCUGUUCUCGUCUCGCGACUACCUGGACAAGCACCACAAGACAGUGCACCACAAGGCGGAGGGGCGGCACCAGUGCCGCCACUGCCCCUACUCCAGCGACCGCGUGGACAGCGUGGUGGCACACGAAAGGACCCACACGGGCGAGACGCCCUUCGUCUGCUCCGCGUGCGGCAAGGCCUUUGCCCAGCAGGGCCACCUGGCCAGGCACCGCCGAGUGCACUCGGGCGAGCGCCCGCACGAGUGCACCACCUGCGGCCAGCGGCUGGCGCACCUCGCAGACCUGCGGCGUCACGAGAGGACGCACACGGGCGAACGUCCGCAUGUGUGCUCCGAGUGCGGUAAGGGGUUCACCCAGAAGAGCGUCCUCGUCCGCCACGUGCGGACGCACUCUGGCACUAGAGUGCACGCGUGCCACCUGUGCGGGUACAGGGGCGGCGACUCGGGCAGCGUGAGGAAGCACGUGAUCGCAGUGCACUCCAAGGAGUACCCCCACGCAUGCGAGCACUGCGGCAAGGGGUUUGUGUCCCCAUGCGAGCUUAGGGCCCACCUGGCUAGGAAGCACGCCGGCGGAGAUUGAAAGUAGGGACGUUACAAACACCCCGAGGCUCCAGUUUCGUUAAGCUUGACCUUUGAAAAACUUUAAGUAGAAGUGCGCAAAUAAUGAAAUUUCGGCCCAAAAUGAGUAGCAUCCAAAAUUUUGUAUGUCGACUCAAAUAUUGAAUACUAAAACAUUUGCUGUACCCUGGUGCAGGUAAGAAAAGCAGGACAGGCUUCUUUCACAAAGCCCUUCGUCCUUUCCACUUAGCAGAGAAAACACCCGAGGGGGGCGAGACGAAGCUAGGAGGAAUCCCCCCUCUCUGGCUUUCGCUCAGCUAAGUGGAAAGGGAGAAGGGCUUGGCAGGAGGGGCCUGUUCUGCUUCCCUUAACCUGCAAUAGAGUAUAAGAGCGCACGAAAAGUAAAAAGAAAACAUAGACUAAGGAAAAAUCCAGCUACAUGUUUAUUUUACAGCAGAAUACACGAAAAGAAGACUGCCCUUGGAUAGCACAAUUGAAAAAGGCAUUAAGGACUACUCUGUGGCACUGGAAAGUUUGAGAUGCAGCUAAGUAAUGUGGCCACCCAUGUGUGGGUGGAUACACAGCGUGUGGGAUGAAUGGACGGAUACAGCUUAUUUGUCGCAGUCGGGCGGCGUCUUGCGUUGUUUAGCCGCUCCACCUUGCUCAAUGCUGCGGAAAGCGACAUCAGAGGACGAGACUGAUUAAAAUGUAGAUUUUUGGAUUUGGUAAUUGUCAUAUUAGAACCCCUCCCUGCUUAUGCAUACCUAACAGGAAGCCACGUCGGAGGAAGCAGUUGUCUUACGCGACUACUUUUUUGGGCGCCUGUAAAGAAAGAAUGUGUUUGUAGUGCACAGGAGAUGGCAGCAUGUGAUGUGAGAUAUUUGAAUUUAAAAACAAUGUGGGUGGCUUACGGUGUUUCGUGGUUUCCUCCCUAGGACUACGGGAUACAAACUACUUUAAGGCCUCUCGAUGCAGGCUUGAAUUUGAUACAGCAGAGACCUGUGCGAGCUAUGUCGUCGUAUGGACAGCAUUUUUUUUAAUAAACCUGGAUUUUCCCAAGC